AUGAAGGACUUUUUCAACUGCACAGUCACUGCAGGCCUCGCUGAUCUACCGUACUGCGGCAACUCCUUCACUUGGUCAAACAACCAAGGAACUUCAGUGAUCUCUAAGAAACUUGAUAGAACCCUCGUCAAUGAUGAGUGGCUCCAUCAGUUUCCAAAUUCACUUGGUGUCUUUGGGGACCCUGGCAUAUCUGAUCACAGCCCGUGUUGCGUCUAUCUUGAUACCACCGUACCCAGAAAGAAGCUUCCAUUUAAGUUCUUUACUAUGCUAAAUGAUAAUCCGGAGUUUGGAAUCAUUAUCUCCGAGUGCUGGAACUCUCUGAAUUUUGAGGGAACAAUGAUGUUCAAGGUCUCUAGGAAGCUAAAGGAGUUGAAGAGUAUCAUUAGAUCGUUUAGCAAGGAAAAUUAUUCAGGGAUAGAGAAGAGAGUCUUGGAAGCUUUCGAGAGUCUUACUGAAUGUCAGAGGACUCUACUCUCUUCCCUUACUCCUCAGGCGGGUAUUGAUGAGAGGUUAGCUUUUGAAAAAUGGUAUGUUCUUGCUAAGGCUGAGGAGUCUUUCUUCUUCCAGAAAUAUCGUGUUACUUGGAUUGAUAAAGGAGACUCCAAUACCACCUUCUACCAUCGGCAACUAAGAACAAGAACAUCUCAAAACCAGAUUAUAUUCCUCAACGAUGAUCAAGGAAAUAUAUUAAGUACCAGAGAGGAUAUCAUGAGCCAUGUUGUUGCCUAUUACGAGACGUUGCUUGGAGGAACCCCUUCUAUAACUCCUUCUACUACUGCUGACCUCUCUAGUCUUCUCCAGUUUCGCUGCUCUGAGAAUAUUGUGACUUCCCUCCAAGCGCCCGUCACUGCAUUGAAUAUUCAGGGUACCUUCUUCUCCCUUCCAAAGAACAAAGCGCCAGGACCAGAUGGCUACCCUGCAGAGUUUUUCACCACACACUGGAAGACUGUUGGAGAUGAUAUGAUCAAGGCGGUUCAGGAAUUCUUUGACUCAGGUAGGCUGCUGCAGCAAUGGAACUCUACAAUUAUUACCCUCAUCCCGAAGAAGCAGAAUGCAACUGAAGAAAGUGCUCCCUUCGGUGAUCUCCAACACACAGUCAGCGUUUAUCCCAGGAAGCUACUUGUCGAGAAUGUUCUUAUGGCUACGGAGUUGGUUAAUGGGUAUAACUGGAAGAACAUCACCAAGCGAUCCUUGCUUAAAGUCGAUCUGAAGAAAGCUUUUGAUUCCUUAAAUUGGAGCUUCAUCCUACUCGUCCUUCGUGUCUUGGGUUUCCCUGAAUCCUUUGUCAGCCUCAUCUCAGAAUGUAUCACCACCACGAGGUUCUCAGUUGCGGUAAAUGGUGAGCUUGGUGGUUAUUUCAAAGGCGCUCGAGGGUUAAGGCAAGGGGAUCCUCUCUCGCCAUAUCUAUUUGUCCUUGCCAUGGAAGUCUUUGCUCAAAUGCUUAAUAGGAAUUUCGACGAAGCUACCAUUGGAUACCACCCUCAAGCGUCUGAUCCUUCAGUCACUCACCCCGCUUUUGCUGAUGAUAUCAUGGUGUUCUUCGACGGACAGUACGGGUCUCUCCAGCAAAUCACUUGGACUCUAGACAGUUUCUCUACCUGGUCUGGCCUGACAAUGAAUCGUGAUAAGACUGAGCUAUUUGUGGCUGGAAUGAGCCAGACGGAAGUUACAGACAUGACAAGCCUAGGCUUCUCUCUUGGCUCACUCCCUGUUCGCUACUUGGGGCUUCCGCUAAUGCAUCGCAAGUUGCGCAUAUGCGACUAUAGACCUCUAUUGGAUCAACUCAAAAGGCGCUGCUCAUCAUGGUCCUCAAGAGCUCUCUCCUAUGCAGGACGUAAGCUGUUACUUUCCACUAUCAUUUUCGGUACUUUAAACUUUUGGUUCUCCUCUUUCAUCCUACCAAAAGGCUGUAUCAAAGCUAUUGAGUCCAUUUGCUCAAGGUUUCUUUGGAAUGAAAACAUCACCAACAGAGCAGCUGCUAAGCUAUCAUGGAAAACAGUUUGCCUACCUCGCUCUGAGGGUGGCUUAGGACUCCGAGACCUGCAUACUUGGAAUAAGACUUUGUCGUUAAAGCUUGUAUGGCUGUUGCACUCUGAAUCCGAGUCUCUUUGGGCGAAAUGGACCAAGACGCACCGGCUUAAAGGGGCCAGCCUUUGGAGUAUGGAUGAGAAGAAACAAUGUUCUUGGAUCUGGUCUUCUAUAUUGAAGCUUAGAUCAAUGGCUGAACAAUUUCUAAGAUGUGAAAUAGGAAAUGGUGCGUUGGCGUUCUUUUGGUUUGACUAUUGGCAAUCUUUAGGACCGCUGAUUGAUUUCUUUGGAAGUGAUGGACCUGCCAACAUAGGCGUCCCUCUCUCCGCCAGAGUAAAGGAGUGUUGCACAUCUACUGGCUGGUCUCUAAGACCUGCAGGAUCUCCUAUAGAAGAGCAACUGCAAACCCUACUUUGUUCUAUCACUUUGCCAUCGUCAACAGACCGUCAUGACGUCUUCAAAUGGUAUGUGAAUGACAAAUACCUUGACUCCUUCUCGACGAGUAAAACUUGGGAAGUAGUUAGACCUCGUGGAACUAGAGUGGAUUGGGAGUCUGUUGUCUGGUUCAGUGGGCAUAUACCAAAGCAUGCUUUCAACAUGUGGGUUGCUAACUAUGAUCGACUACCAACCCGUUGUCGCCUUGCUGCUUGGGAUACAAGCAUUGUCAAAACGUGUCUGCUAUGCGGACACUGUGACGAAAGCAGAGACCACCUUUUCCUAAGGUGCUCUUUCAGUAAACAGAUAUGGAAGGAGAUUACCAUAUGCCUCGGCUACAGGCCGUUCUACUUCCACACAUGGACAGCUCUCAUUGCCUGGCUCGAUGCUGGAAACACAACGAGUCCUCUUAUUCUCCGUCGACUUGCUGCUCAGGCCACCAUAUACAGUAUUUGGAUCGAGCGCAACAACCGUCUCCACAAAGGUCUCACCUCCACUCCCCCUCGCCUCUGCAAAGACAUUGACAGACUUCUCCGGAACAUAAUUCUCGCAAGAAAGAACCGCAGCAAAUUCAAUGGCCUAAUGCAAGUAUGGCUCAUGCAUGCUGUCUAG